AUGCGAUUCGCCUUCAUCGGUUUGUUUGACGAUCACUACGAAUACACUAUUCAGAAGAAGAAGCAAUUGGAAGUGACUAUGGAAACGAAAAUGGAAGUCACCGUCCCGGAAGCGCCCCGAAUGGUCGCGUGGCAGAUGGACGCGUACGGCACGUACGAAGACUUAAAGGCCAAUGACCAAGUGCCGGCGCCCACCGAGGUCGGACCCAAAGAAGUAUUGGUGCGCAUCAAAGCGUCGUCCGUCAAUCCCAUCGACGUUCUAAUGGCCGGUAAGUCGGAGCGUCUCGUACAGCCAGCACUAUAGGGUUUACAAGUUGUAGGGUUGGACUGCAGUGUCGUACCCAGCGAAAUCGGUACAAGGCGCUAGAAAAAUUUACCGAGCAGAAAAUAAAAAUAAAAAGGGGGCACCUCUCGCACCUCCCUAGAGACACCACUGGGUCGGGAUGUAGUUAUCGGGUUAAAAGCAAUACUUCCGCGUUCGACCAGUCGUAUAGCAUUCUCAUUUCAACAUUUUUUUCUGCGCUCUCGGUUUGUGACUCGUCGACAUAGAAAUCCAUUCUAUGUAUAAUGUUUAUAUACAAAUAUACCUACAAUGACGAGUUCGAAAAACGAAUGGGUGCAUGUUUAAAAUUUAUAUUUUGUUAGUAAGAGAAAAAUAAACGGUGGGUAAAUAUGUUUUUAUUAAUACAAAAAUGAUAGGUAGCUACCCCAUUGAUAACCGAUAACCCAUUGAUGUUAUUUUAUUUUUCAGUUGAAUAACUAAACGUUUUUAUUUUUUUACUACAUUCCAUUAAAAAAAAAAAAAAAAAAAAAAAAAAAAUGUGUUAACAUUUAGUUAUAAUAUAUUUAUGUCAGGCUUAUCAAUAAAUACUCAGAUUUUGAAAAAUGGUUUUUAUUUUAGUUCAUUAUUUUUAUGAAAUAUCAAUAUACGUAUUAAGUAGGGCUCGAAAUUUGAUGGAUUUGCAUUUUUUUUUUCUAAUGGUUACAUUUGAGGUUUGUUUUUAUUUAACAUAUUAUGUCACGCUGAAUUUAUUGGCACAAAUUUAAUUUCGCACUUUUUACAUUUUUUUUGGUAUUUCUUGGUUGAAAGGUUAUUUUUUGUCAAUUUCGGUGCAUUUUAUUUAUUUUUCUAUUUUUUUGUAGGUAGGUAUAUAUAUAUUUUUUUUUUGUUUAAAGUCGGAGCUAUAAUGAGGAAGGCGUGAGUGCACGCAGUUCAUUUUCGGCUUGCCUCGGCUUAAAGCACAAUCACGUACUCCCAUAUAAACAUAAAAUGUACAAAAGUAAUUUAAUAUUUAUUUGCCUAAGUGUAUAAUUUUAAUUUAACUAAUUUUUACAGUUUAAUUAGAAAAAAAAAUAAGAAACUAGAAAAAUAAAAACCGAAAAGAAAGAAUAUUUAUUUUAAGUAUGAUAAAAGGUUCUUUGUAUUAAGUUUAUGUAAUAUUUUAAAAUUAAAUAACCAACAUAUUAUUUUUGAUAGCAUUAUUGAUGUGUUUCAACACCUUUUCAAAGAAACUAAUUUUUUUUUUUUUAGGUAAUUUGUUAACAUUUUUGUGAAUUUUUUUCAAGAUUUUUAGGUUAUCAAGUUCCGGGCCUUAAUAAUAAGUGUAGAAACUUUUAUUUUAUUUUUUUUUUAAAUUUUGCUAGACAUUAAUUUAAAUACAUAUAUUAUAAUAAAUUAAAAAUAUGUUUUCUUCCAUUUGAGCAUAAUUGGGUAGUUGAUAUUUAUGGGGUGUUAAAACAUACGCGGCAUAACCCGUAUAGAUAGAUAUGUGUGUACUUUUCUACCAGAAAUCGUGCUCUGAUUAUCAACUUAAGGAUGGUUUGUUCUGGAACCGAAUUUUGUCUAGUUUGUGCGUUGGGGACAUUUUGGUUUUCCUUGUAGUUUUCUUAAUAAUUAGGAAACUCUCGUCGGAAAAACGAGAAUAUAUAUAAUAUUAUAAGUAUAUUAUAUGCAAUAAGUACUUAAUAACAGUUUCUUUAUUAAAAUUCGGUGAAAAAAAAUUGUAGGCCUAAAAUUUGAAUCGGGUAUUUUUUAUUAUUACCUAUAUUACCUAUUAUUACCUAUAUUACCUAUUAUUACCUAUUGUUAAUUUCCAAUCCCUUGUAUCCAAUCCCUCUUAUAACUUACGCGACAGCCAUAAAUCGUUUACAACUUUAUAACUCGUGUGUAUGUGUUUUUUUUUUUUUUUUUUUUUUUUUUUUAAUAUUCAACCAGAGGGCUAUGGUAAAGUGUUUCUGAACAGAGUCCGUCAAGCACAACAAAUGUCGUUGUGCAGGCCUGUGGAGUUCCCGUUGACUUUGGGACGGGACUUUUGUGGCGUAGUGGUCGCCAAAGGAGCUAAUGUUACCGAUGCCUUGAACGUUGGAGACACGGUCAUGGGCGUCAUAGCCCCAUUCAAUCAGGGCUGUCACUCUGAACUCGUCUCUGUACCCGAAGCUCAAGUAAACCUACCUACCUACCUACUUAUAUUAAUUAUCCGUACCGAGUAAUUUUCAAUUUAUUACCGAACUGUAAUAUUAUAAGUAGCUAUAACUGUUUUGUAUUAUUAAUGACGGAAAAUACUUUCCUUUUAUUAUAAAUAUUUUGUUUCAACAUAAUUAUUUUAAUUGAACUUAAUGAUACACAAUAAUUUUAAAUAAUAAAAUAAUAAAAUGAAACAAAAUUAUUAAAAUGGUUAAUAGUCGUAAAUAAAUAAAGUAAAUAAAUAUGGUAAACACAUAUAUAUAUAUAACUAAUUUUAAAUAAUCUCUCCUAUUAAAAUAAAUUAUUUCUAUAUUUUAUGUAAAACGACCAAUAAAAUGUAUAAUGUAUGUAUGUAUUAAUUAAGUAAUUUUAUUUUUAUGCAUACAUUUUUUAUUUAUCAUAUUUAUUUACUUUAUUUAAUAAUUUUAAGUCGGUAUUUAAACGACGAGUGAUAAAAACGAUUCUUAUAAUAGGUAAUCAAAAAACCAGAAAACUUAUCCGACGAGGAAGCGGCAGGCUUACUGUACACCGGCCUAACCGUGUGGUGUGCGUUAAAAUUGGCUGGCGGUUUGUACGUUUUUAACGCUGCCGGUAAAAAUGUGCUGGUUAUCGGUGGAUCUGGCGGCGUUGGAAAUUGUGCCAUACAAUUACUACACUGUUGGGGCGCUAAGGUAUUGUAGAAACAAAAAAAAAUCAUAAUAUUCGACCUGUUAGAUCAGUAUAAUAUAUAACGAAUAAUUAGGCAACACGCACAUUUAAUAUCAUUAUCAUUAUAGUUACCUAGUAAUUUUAAAGUUUCCCGAGUAUUUUUGUGAAAUAUUAAUUUAAUUCAACCUUGGCUAUGAGUGAUAAUCUUAUUUUUAUUUUUAGUUUUUACACAAACACUUACUAAUAACUCGCAUAUCCAUAUUAUAUAAUAUUUUUUGUUAAGUAUCUCUUAAAAUCGACAUAUUUUCGAUUUAAUUUUUCGUAUUCAUAACAUAAAUUAUUGUAGUUUAUGUGGACACCUAAGUUAAAUGCAUUUCGUAAAACAUUAAAAAAAUAUAAUUUGUUACUAUGCGUGUUUUUCUAGGUAAAAUAUUCUAAUUUUCAAUUUAAAAUAAAUUAUAUAAAUUAUUAUACUUUCGAAAUUUUCAAGACUUCAAACAAUAAUUAAACCGAAAUCUGUUCAAAUUAAUGCAAGUUAAAUUUAUUACAUCGGUAUCCAAGAUCAAAUUACUCAGGUGCCAACCGAAAUAAAUAGUAACUGAUCAACACCAAUAAGACCAUUAACCAUUAAUCGGUAAUAUUAUUAUAUUCAUAAAUAUUGACAGUUAGAAUUAACUUGCAGUAGAAAAAAAAACCUCGUUAAUUAAAACCGAAAUUCCCUAUUUGUUAUCAUAAUAUUUUAAAUUUUAAUGAGUAUACAAAGUACCUAUACGUCAUAGCUUUUAUAUCCGUGUACCGUGUAUGUAUCAUGUUUAAAAAUGUUUUAUCAUCACCAAUAAUAUCUAAGCAACAAAAUAUUUAAUAUGCAUGAAAAUACUCAUGACUUUUAAGUUGAUUUUAUCGAAACUAUAUACCAAGAAUAAUAAUAUAUAACCUUUUUCAAAGAAAACAAUUUAGAAUGUAUUUUGAAAAGUGUAGUGGAGUAUUAUUGGAUGCAACAUUGAUAUUAUGUAUAUUAUAUGUCUCUGAACAGUCUGAACUCGUGAUGUCUUCUGGGAAACGUCAAAUAACUUUUAAAGUACACUUGUACAGUUUUCGUUACCUACUACAAUUUGCAUAUACAUAUAUGACAUAAGAAAAAAUAAAUUUAACUUUAUAAGAUAUUACUUAUAAAGUAACAUUUUUCAGAAAUUUACUACUAAUAAUUUUCUGAAACAUAAAUAAUAAACUAAAACGAAUAAGGCCGUCAAAUACAAAUUGUUAAGGUCAUUUUGACAAAAAAAAAAAAAAAAAACCAUUACCUACGUACAUUUUGUUAAUCCAGUAAAUUAUAUAUUUUGAAUAACAAGAUUAUUAAAACAGGUUUUUUUUCUUCAUUGGAAAUUACCUACUUCAUAUUUUUAAAUUUCAAAAAAAUAGAUUAAAAUUAAUGUAUUAUAUUUCAAUUUAAUGAGUUACUACGUGUACUUCCUUGUUGGUUUUCAAUAAUAGUUUUAAAGUUCUAUCAUUUUAUGUUAAACGUUUUAUUAAAUAUAUCUAGUGCAUCAAUCUGUUUUUCCUCAAAAGAUUUUUGACCAAUGCCAUUUCCCGAAAAGUUGAUUUUUUCAAUAUUUAAUUUUGUGAAAAGUAAGCAUAUAAAGUAUAAAAAGUGAUAUAAUAUGAUAGUUUUCGUCGGAGGUCGAUACAUGACAGUAAAUGUUAUAGAUCUGAUGGGUUUUUUUUAAUCGGUGUGCUUUUUCAUGCCUAUUCGAUAUCUACUUACAUCGAUGAUAAGUGAUAACUUCCGGGAUAUGUUUUAUUAUUAUACCACGUUUAAAAAUGAUACCAAAUUGAUAAGUAAUACAUUUUUUUGUUUUAUACCAAAUUCGUAAUUUCUAUUAUUAUGUUGAAAAUUGUAUAUCUUUUAUUUGAAAACAAUCAAUCAGUUUACGAAAAAUUAUAUUCACAUAUUAUUAUUGUUCACAAUACAACACACACACACACACACACACACACACACACAAAAGUUUAGGUAGCUACUAGCUACAUUUAAAUGUUGUAAUAAUAUAUUUUAUUUUUAAAUAGGACUAGAAUAGAUUUAUUUGAGUUACAAAAUUAAUGCCUAAUUAUUGUGAUACAUAAUUUGAACAAGUACCUAAUUGAAAUAAAAAAUACAUACACCUAAACAUAUGAUAAACUAGGAAAAUUUAAAAGUAAUUUAUAAUUUUACCAUAUGCCAGUUUAUGCAGUGUACAUAAUUUAACAAUAAUUUUACCAAAUGGUGGUAUUAAACGAACAAAUAAAAACACCAGAAAAAAACAGUAAAAUGAUAAAAAAUUAAUUGAAUACCGAUAACGAUAUUGAAUAAAUCCAUGAAACAGCACCUCGCCGGUAAUCUGUCAUUUACGAACAUGUAUUUGAUAUAGAUAUUAAAUGUACGUAUUAAUUAAAUAUUAAGUAGACAAAAUUAGGUAAACACCUACUCGGGCAUAAAAACGAAAAAUAUUUUUGAAUUUUAAAUUAUGACCAAUGGCCACAGGUUAUGCAAUUAUAUAAUUACAAUUUUUUUUUGAGACAAUUAUUUUGGACAAAUCAAUCACAAUCAAUAUUUGUAGGUAGAUAUGGAUAUUUUGGUACCUAUUUAAAUACUGAAAAUUGAAUCAGGAGUUGAUUAGGACAAAUUAUAUCGCUAUACGUAUAUUUUAAAUAUUACUAAUUGUUUUAUGUAUUUAGGUCACUACUACUUGCAGUACAAAUGCCAUUAAUCUCGUAAAAGGACUUAUACCAGAUAAUAUUGUAGACUAUACUACCGAAGAUGCGCACAAACAGUUGGAAAAAUAUGGAAAGUACGUUUAUUCUUUAAAGAUGUUUAUUUUAUUUAUUUAUUUUUUCCGUGGACAAAUUUUCUACCAGAGAUCUCACUCCGAUUUUUAAGUGUAGCAUCUUUUCUGGAAGAAAAUCGGUUUGAGAAGGUAUUUAUUGGGAAGGUGGUAAUUUUCCGAUUUUCUAAUGGGUUUUCUCAUCAAAUAUGAAAAACCGAAAAAAAAAUUAGGAAAAACGGGAAAAUGUAAAAAAUUUAGGUAUUAGUUAAAAAUAUUAUGGCCUUCUUUUUUCCUACGCACAACUUUUCUACCAGCAAUUUUGCUCCAAUUUUUUAAUGAUAACAAGUUUUCAAAGGAAAUUUUAUUGGGAAUAUACUUUAGAAAGGUCAUUUUUUGAUUUUCCCAAGAGUUUUCUCAGUAAAUGUGAAAGAACAUGGAAAAACGGAAAAAUAUAAGUUAUAAGUUAUUAUAAGUUGAACUUGGUGGUCAAAAAAAAAAAAAUUAAUUAAAUAUAUUUUAUUUUUUUAUAUGAGUUUUAAAAUCAAAUUUUUACGAAAAUCGUAAAUAUUACGGCUUUCAAAACAUGUAUAACCAAACUCCGCUCUGAACCGUUUUUCUUUAUCGAUAGUUUAUCGUUAGUUACAGGUAUAAAUUAAAUAAUUUUAUGUGCCCCAUCUUCCCCACAACCCACGUUCAACAGAAGCCUCAUCCAUCCCCAAUAUCAGCUCUAUUUUUAAUAUUAAAAUACAAGUAUAAUAACAUAGUAAAUAUUGGUGAGGUUGGGUAUACAUUUAAGAUUUUAAAGUAUUUUUUAACGUAAAAUAAUUAUUAUACAUUAGGUUCAGUAAUAAUUUAGUUAUUAUUUAUACUGAAGCUCUAAUAAAGGAGAUCUAUAUUACAAAAAAUUCAAAAAAUUCAAAUACCGAUUAAUCUGAUAUUGAAACCUAAUGAAUGUAUGUUUUAUUUUUUUUUUUAUAUAUAGAUACGACUUAAUUCUAGAUGCAGCAGGAAUACCUUAUGAAAAUAUCCGUAAAUAUAUUCCAUUGUUAAACAUUUGGGGUGCAUUUAUCACUCUUCGUAGUCCUAUUCUGACUAAUAUAGAUUUAUAUGGCCUGAUACCUGGCAUGGUCAAAAAUGCUUAUGAUUUAGUUGUUCCAAAUGUUUUAUCUGGAGCAGUGUUUAAAGGGGCUACAAUUCGAUGGGGUGCUUUCAUGCCAAUAGAAAAUGGUAUCAAGGAACUGACACAACUAGCUGAGGAGAAAAAAAUCGUUGUUCCCCUAGAUAGUGUAUACAAUUUCACAAACAUUAAAAAUGCGUUUAAGAGAGUAAAAAAUGGACACCUGCGGGGUAAGGUUAUUGUAACAUGUGAUGAAACAAAAGUAAAUGUUACAUAUUAAUCAAAUGAGUCAAAGUUUUUUUAUAAUUAUUAAUAGCUAUAAAAUGAUUUUAUUCUUUUUGAGGCUAUUUCUAAAUGAAACAUAUAUCUUUUCCUAUUUUUUUUUUUUUUGUAAUAUUAUAUUGUUAAAAUUAAAGUACAUAAUUUUUUUAAACAUUUGCUAGUUUUAUUUUAAUCAAUUUGGUAGAUAAAACAUUGUAUUAUUAUUUUGAGUACCUGAUAAAACCUAUGGCCUUAUCUACUAUAUUAUGAAUAAAGAACAACUUAAUAAACUAUAUUAUCACAAGCAAUAUGUAAUAAUAAUUAAAAAUUGUCUUACUUAAAUUACUGAGAUAUAAUAAUAAACAUGGAAAAUCCUCUACGGCUCUACAGGUAAAACGUUGCAAUUUGUUUUCCACUAACUUACAUUUUUAAUGUAACUUACCUAUCUACAAGGUAAAAAUAAGGCACAGGAUUUUGUCAAUAAAUUAUAUUAUACAAUUAUAAACAAUGUAUAUGUUACGGCAUGCGGGCAAUGUGGAAUAUCGAGUAAUAUGCACAUUGCCUGGGAAUUGUAGUACUGCUUGAUUUUGAUGAGCAAUGUAAGUAAAGUUAUACAUUGCCCAGUAUUGUAGUAUGAACAAUGUAAAUCAUAUAAUAUAAUAUCAUAUAUAGAAUUACGGGAAUGAAGAUAAGUUUUUAUUAUUAUCAUUAGGCAAUAAUAUGUGAUUAGGUACCACUGUAAACGUUUCUUUUGAUUAUUAAAAAAAAAAAAAUUAUUAUGUAUCGCUUUUUUUUUUGAACAACUAUUAUUGGAAUGACGUUUAGAAUUACAUUUUUUUUUUUUUUUUGAAAUUAUUAGGUUGGGUACGUCAGCAACACCCACUAAUUUUUUUUUACACGCAGUGAACUGAUUACGUAUGUAUUUUUCUUCGGUGUAACGCCAAGAAUACAACGUAGACUAUUACGUGCACUGUCUACAUCAGGUAUUACGAUUUCAGUAUUUCGGUAUUUCGGUUUCUCAAACUUUUCUCUGGCAAAAUGUUUUUUUCUGAUGCUUCUUUUAUUCUAUUUUUUUGGAUUUUUAAAUUCGUGACUGAUUCUGUUCUCACGAUAAUUGAAGGACUGGGCGCAAGAAGGGAAUUUUUUUGAAAAUGCCUUUUUUACUUAAAAAAGUUUUUUCGAUUCAGCAACCUGUAUAUUAUGAUAAGUAUUCGUUUACUUAAUUGUGUAUAAAUGCCUUUUUUGCAUAGAACUAUUAACUAUACGUCAUAAUAUACUCUUUAUAUUUAUUAAUAAUAUUGGUUUAGGUAUAUUCAAAUGAUUUAUAAUUAAAAUUGUGAUUGAUAACUUAUUAUUUUUCGUAAUAGAUUAUUUUAAUAAUACAAGUUUCUAAUGUAUUAUUAUAUAAUAGUCUGAUAUUCUUAUUGCUGUAUGCUUUAUUUCGUGACUGCUAUUUUUAUUUAUUAAAUAAUUAUGAAAUAAUAGUUUUCAAUUAAGUUUUGACACUAAGGGCCAGCGUAAAAAAAGGCGUUUAUCUGAUUCUUAAACUGAGUUUAUGGCUGAUAACCGACCACGAUUGGUCGAUUAUUCUAUAAACUCUAAAAAUCAACGUUUACGUUGGUGAGAACGGGCGUAAGAGUACACAUUUAGAUAAAAAAGUUACGAAAUUAUAGUUUUUUAAUCAUUUAAAAUUAAAUAGAAUGGGUAAUUUUUGUUUCAUGACCGAAUGUUUUAUUUAUUUACAGUUUUAUGGACACAAAGAAAAACAAAACUAAGGCAUAAUUAUUUUCUUUAAAUUCGAUUUUUCAUGCGGCACAAGUUUUUUAAACGUCAGCAAUACCAAAUGGGUAACAUAAAUUUAAAAUUUCAACUUUUUUUAUUUCAAAAUACAUUUUUCUAUAAAAUUCCCUUCUUGCACCCAGCUUCUCAAUUAUUUUAUUUUUUCUAGAUUUCACUUGUUCUUCUUCGUUUUUUUCUUUUAUUAUAUUCUAACAUAUUUUUAUCAUAGACUACAAAAUUUCUGUAAAUUAUGGAUGUUAUAGCCGCUUCUAAACCUCUUCAAUUCAUAAUUUAUUAAUAAUUAAUAUUUUAAGUGUAGAUGAUUUUAAUCAAAUUUUAGCACUACAUCCAAACAUAGUUCAAAUGGACUAUAUUUUACUCCAUGAUGUAUGGAUCGAUUUUUUAUUAAUUAGACACAUUUUAGAUCUUUGCUUCAUUUUUUAGUUUGGGUAUCUUAUAGCCAAAUAAUAAGUAUAUUUUACAAAUCUUGAUUGGCUCUUUCAAUGGACUCUUGAAUUUAUGAAUUCCUCGGUUUUCCAUGUAGAUACAGUACCGUAAAAACCUACGCAUCGAAAAGGUGCUAUUUUUAAAUCUUUCUACAUGUUACAUAAUUCGUUAAUUUUUUUUAUUUACAAAUUCUUGACUAUUAUCGCUCUGUACAAUCGCAGGUGUACUUACUUCAAAUAUUAAUUCAUAUUACUACUUAGUUGUAGUCAAAUAUUUAAAAUUUAUAUUUUUUUGUUUUAAUACAAUUGGUAUUUAAAUAUUUUAAAUAUUGAUCUUCCAUUUUAAUUUAAACACUAAGUACACACAUAGUAUUUACGUGAUUGCAACAAUAACGACACAUUAUUAAACUUUUGCAAUGAACAUUAUUAAUGGUUUACGUAUUAUAAGUGAUAAGUUACCUAAUCUACCCAUCAUUAAAUGUAUCUUAACUCUAAAGCCGAUAAGCCAUAAUUGUGUAGACGAAAUAAUCGGAAUAAUACGGAUAGAAUAACGUGUACGGCGUUACAAUGCCCAAUUUACUACGGCGCAAGUAUACUUUGACCGGUCAAUGUAUAACCCUGCCCGGGCAAAGUUAGUAUUGUCCAUCAACAUCAGGCAGAGUACACAAUGCCUUAGCAUUUCCAUUUGGUUUAUUCUAAUAAGAACGGUUUUUCGGUCAAAUAUAUUCAAGCUAAAUUUAUCUUUAUUUCUAUUGCAAACAAUUGUUUUCAAUUGUUUCACAGCAUGAGAAAAAUUUAUAAUAAUUGGUACGUUUAGAAAAUAAAAUAAAACAAAUUUGUGUUUAGUUUAAACUUUAAACCCACAAAACAUAUUAAAGCCUAUAUAGGUAGGUAUGUGUAAUAUAGACUAUAAUAUUAUUUAAUGAUUCACAAAGCAGCGUUGGUUAAAUUGCUUUUAAGAAAAAUAAUGUAAAUUAAUAAGUACUCAUUUAUUAUUUUAUACAUUUGUACACUGUGCACAUAAAAAAAUAAUAAACAUCAAGUGUGAAUUAAUUUUAUUACACUACAACGUUAAUUUUUAAAAUAUCCAAUAGUGUAAUUUACGUUUUAUUAUACUGUUAUUAGUUUAAUAAAUAUAUCAAUAUAUUAAACUUGUACUCAUGUUACUCUUUUUUUUUCUUUUUAAUAAACUCACCAAUUACCCUAUGUAUUCGUAACAGAACAAACGAGCUAGAAAAUUCGAUUAAAGACUACAGCAGAAUACGCUAUGGGUUUUAAUUAAAUAUUAACUAAUUUUAUCGGCUAUAGUGCAAUAGUCUCUAUAUUUUCAGGGAAUAUCGACCAAAAUAUGACACAGAAGAGAUAUUACUUACAAAAUGUAGAACGUCUAGGCUAAAGAAUUAUUAAAACAAAUUAAAAUCGAUCGAUAGGCAGUAAAGGUUAAAUAAGAUUUGCACUAACGUUAGAUAAAUACUUAGUUUUAUAUUUACUCUCACGAUUAUCCGUCUAAACGCGUAUGCAAACGUCAAUCGCUUAAAACCAAACUCAUAUUAUUUUAUGGUUCAACGUUUUAUAAAACAAAAAAAAGACUACAAUUUAAAUUCUGCGGUAGUACUCGGAGCGCUAGUGUCCAAUACGAUUAUUUUAAAAAUUGCAGAUAAGUAAAAUAAUUAUUAUUAUACAAUACUUACACUUGGUGAUCACCCACAUGUAACCAAAUUUGUCAUACAUCAUGUAAUUUAAUACUGUAAUAAUAUCAAGUUCUAUGAUGCUAUAGAAGUAGUUGGUGGAAACGAGAUAACCAGAGGAAUAUUGUCACGGUAGAAACGACUCGGAAUGUACAGUUGUUUUUUUUUUUCUAAAGCGAUCGUUUUUAUACUUGCACAUAAUCAAGCUAUGCAGAAGUAAAAGUUUUCGAAAACUAAACGAUGAUUUUGUUCAAUAGUCUAUCACUUUAUUCGUGGACCACUACAUACAUAUAUGUUUUAAACAAUUUUCAUCAAAUGUUAUUAUUUAAGGGAUUGAGUAUAAGGAAUUUUAAAAGGAUUUUUUUAUUGAAAAUAUCUUAGAACAAAUUUUCGGAAUUUGGUGAAUACUUGAUUGCUGAUUUUUUAUAUAAACAAGAUAAAAAUGUUUUAGAAUAUUUGAGGAAGGACAAUAACAUAGAUGAUUUGGUAAACGAAGUUAUUAAAGAAGAUGAAAUAAUAAAUCAUAUGUAUGGGCACAGAGUACAUGACACGAUUGCAACACAUGCAAUUUUUCAAAAAUAA